AUGAAACCUUGCCCGUUGUGCAAAGUCAGCUCACAGUAUAGAUCCCAGCAUCUCAGGGAUGUGCACCGUGUGGACGAUCACACAGAGCGCAGGCUCCUGCUGGGAAUGGCUUCUGGAAGAUACGCAGGCCCACUAGGCUGCCCAGCCAGACCGUGCCACGGACGAAAAUACAUCCGUCUCGACCAGCAUUUAACGUCUGUUCACAAUAUGACGAAAGAGGACAUCAAAUUGAUCCUGGAGGAGUCGAGAAGGAAAGAAAUAGCUUCACAGCUGUCUGCCGUAAGGGAAAAAAAACAACAAGCAGGUUCAGCCAGCCAGCGCCCCGCCCCAAAGAAGCACAAAAAAGACUUUGAGUACCUGAUAGCGAUGUUCAAAAAACGUAACUUCAAGAGGGAUAAACGCCAACUUAGGAGUACUGUGAAAAACAUCAGGCGUUUUGUACGACACAUGUGGGGUGUGGGGAGCGCCCCGCCAUCCCACCUCAUGUUUUUAUCAAAGACGGGGAAGAUCAUGAGGUGGAUAGCGAAGCAGAAAAUUAAGAGGCUGGCUCAAACGAGGGGGUACCUGGUGGACAUCUUGAGAUUCUUGGGUUUCCUGAGGAGGCAGGGCUUCUCACAGGUCCGUCUGUCUGCAGCAAAGAUGGUGACCCUAAACAGGGUGCUGAAACAGGAGCUCUCCACCCUCCCACAGCAGCCCGGGACACACCACUUGGCGGAUGGACCCCCACCCCACUAGCAGCCACCCCCCACUACUUCAGAGUCGCCAACAACACCCCUUCCUGCUGGGUCACCUGUGCCACCUCCGCAACCCCAGACACACCCGCCAGUCCUGAAUGAGGUCAGCCAAAUGCAGCAUACACCAGUUCCUGACGACCAGCUCUCCACCAUCCCAAAGCAAACCGGGACACACCACCUGGCGGAGGUUCAAUCAAAUGAGUUUGCCGGCGGACCCUCCACCACACCGGCCUCGGAGGAUAGCACAGACGACGACUCGGACGACAGCUCUUCGUGGACGCCGGAGGGUGAUGACCAGUCGGACUACAGCGCGUCUGAGACGUCCGAUACCGAUGAACAGUCCGAGGAAAGCACGUCUGAGGGCCGCAGCAGUUCAGCUGAGGAGGGAACAGAUCAGGACGCCCAACAAGCGCUUCAGAGUGGCGUUGCCAUGGAUUCUACAGAGACUGGUUCACCUCCUGACACACUCAUCAUAUCAGAGGACUGGCCAUUCUUACCACCUGUAGUCAUUCAGCGUAUUAUUGAAGAGACGCUGAGUAUGGACAUGGCGAUGCUUGGCGUGUUCAACAGAGUUUCGAAAACAUUCCAGGAACUCGCAAAGCCAUUCUGCCCCUCCAUUUAUAUUAACGAUAGUUUGGCGGGGGACCUCAACUUUCAGAAACACAGUCUGAUACAUAUAAGUGUUGGAAAAAUAUAUAAGACUGCAGGCAGUUCCAGUGGCCUUGCACUACGCCUCAAAUCCCUUUCCAACAGAAGGAAUUGGCUGAGCGCACGCCUGGUGAUGAGGCACGUGGCUCAUAGCAGGUAUCGCAUUGAAGAUGUCUCCCUAGCCUAGUGUUGUUAAGAUCUGACAGACUGUAACCAAACUAAACACUCCUGAUUGUUUGUGUGCUGUGUUUGAUUUUUAAAUGAAUGGAUUUUUUUUUAAUGGAGCG